ACCCAUUAUUUAUGUGUCUUUAUCAUCCCCAAACUAAUCAAACUAAUAUAUGAUACAAGAUAUAUUGUUUAUCUCCCCGGCUCAUAAUAAACAGUAUGAUUUAUAUACUUCAAUGAAGAAUCAAAGAAGAUAACGUAAUCACUUAUGAUCUCGACCUCGCCCCAAGUCUUCUCAGCUCUGUUCAUCUCGUAGUUACAGCUAGUCACCGCCAACUAAUAACUAGACGGCAAAAUCCAAUUCCCCACCGCAGGACCACCGUCGCCUGAACGAUGAACAAACUCGUUCAUCUUGAGAUCGUAUACAUUCCCCAUAUAGUAAACACAAUCCCUUCUACACUCCGGAUGAUCUCUGACGGACACAUAAACAGCACGGCUCGAAUCGAAGAACAGAGCAUAAUCCCCAAUACUCCCAACCGCAUCCCAUCUCCAUCUCCUCCCGUCUUCCUUCGCCCUGUAAAUACUGAAUCUCUUGACUCGUCCACCCACCGACUCACAAUGACUGAUCAGCAGCAUCAGCUCCCCCUCUGGGCUCACCACCAACCGGUAAUUACAUGGCCGUUCGCCGUUAAAGAGAUUCGCAGAGUUUUCAGCAAGAAAAGCCAACGAGAACUUGGGCUGCAGAUGAUCAUAGGCCAAAACCCUCCCGUCAUCUUCGCAAAGGACGUGAAUUUUACCCCUCCAAGAUACAAUCUCCGCGACCUUAUUCCUCGGGAGGUGAUCGUGGAAAGGGACCAAUGUCCAUCGCUCGUCCCACCCAAGCUUGCAGAAAGCCAGUCCUCCGCCGCCGUCCUGGUACAACAACACCACCGUGAUGGACUCCUCUGUCUUCGUCGCCGUCGGGGCGGCCGACAUCAGAAACCUGGCUAUGCAGCACGGUACGCAGGUGCCCUGUCCUGCAGUCGUCUCCCGCGGGAGGUAGAUCUUGUUUCUCGUCAAUGGAUUCAUCAAGCACAGGAUUGGGCCCCACGACGGCGGCGAUGAUCUUUCUUCUUUUAGGAGCAGCCAUCCGAAGGCCGAGCCGAGACACUGAACCUCGACCCGCCGCGGGCCGUCGGCUAAGUUGACGUGCUGGAGGCGGGGCUUCUUGUUUUUAAUUUCCGUCGCCGUCGCCGUCACGUCCGUGAUGCGAUGCAAAUUGCCGUUGCAACCGACGGCUUUGGGCUUGUUUGCUGACUUUGACUUGCACGGCGAGACCAGCCACGGCAGGGAUUGGCGGAACUCCGGCAGGGGGAGCGAUCUCCACUGCUUGCAAACGGAUCGGGAGUGGAUGAAGUCUUGUAGUUUUGUUAACCGGCGGUGUAUGAUUGUUUCGACGAGGUCACCGGGAAGUUGUAACCAAUCGGGUUGCUCCGUCGGCUCUGUCAUGUUGGCGAGAGAGCGCGAAACGGGGACACGAAGCUAUAAGAAUUAAUGCAGUUUGUUAGAUCUUCGGCUAGUAGUGUAUAAAUAGAAGGGUGGAAUGGCGUUUUCCGAUUCCGAAGCGGAAUUGGAAUUAGGGUGAAAUUGACCUAAUUUCUUGGUAACGGAAAAGUUCAAUGGCCAUUGUGUAAAUUGACCUAUUCUUUUCUCCUGAAUCGCCAGAGGGAACGUUCACAUUCGAGGAGAGCGAAAGAAGGCGAUCGAGCAUUGGUAUUGGUAGGAGGAAGAAGAAGAAGUACCACCGUCAGUCCCCUCAACGCUUUUCACCUGAGUUUGUACCGAUCAAUGCUGAAUUGGGUUACAUGAAUUAGUGCAUCGAUAUCAAUCGAUAGUUGGAGAGGAGUUUGGGUGAAAGAAGAAAAAUGGAGAUGGAAGACCCCCCGUUGGACGACAAAGCGAGGAGAAUGAGAGAUCUGCUGUCGAGCUUCUACGCUCCAGAUCCUUCAAUGUCUGCGGGAAGUCAGCCGAAAGGUGCUUCCUUUGACAACAUCGACACGGACUCAUUUGACGCGGACCAGUACAUGAAUCUCCUGGUGCAAAAGGCUAACUUGGAAGGGCUUCUGCAAAGGCAUGUCGAAAUGGCUGCUGAAAUUAAGAAUCUUGACACUGAUUUGCAAAUGUUAGUAUACGAGAAUUACAACAAGUUUAUCAGUGCCACUGAUGCAAUCAAGAGGAUGAAGAGCAACAUUGUGGGGAUGGAAUCUAACAUGGAGCAGCUCCUUGACAAGGUCUGUAGAAGUUAUUAUUUACAUACCAUGGUGAAAGCGAUAUUUCUGAACAGUUGCAUCUACUGAAGUGAUGGAGUGAACACUUCUCUCUUUGGAAAGAGAGAGCAUAUAGAGAAAUUGCAUCGCACACGUAAUCUUCUUCGUAAAGUCCAGGUAUUCAAUGCUAUUGCACAUCCUAGGUUUUUAUUACUAUUUGAAGGUAGAUUGUCUGCCAGGGUUCUUGUAACCUUGCUAAGAGAUUUAUACGCUACGAGUGGUCCUGUAUGAGUAACACAGAGUUGUUUUCUAUGGAAAAGAGCAGUUCAUCUAUGAUCUACCUGCUAGGCUUGGGAAGUGUAUUAAAACAGAGGCCUAUGCUGAUGCAGUCAGGUUCUACACUGGAGCAAUGCCAAUUUUUAAGGCAUAUGGCGAAUCUUCUUUCCAGGACUGCAAGCGAGCAUCCGAAGAAGCUGUUGUGACUAUUACCAAAAACUUACAGGGAAAGCUUUUCUCAGACUCUGAAUCCAUACAGACGAGGGCUGAAGCAGCAGUUCUACUGAAACAGUUAGAUUUUCCGGUGGAUGGUUUGAAGGUGAGACUAUUUGAAAAGCUGGAACAAUCUAUGGGGGAUCUUCAGGUUAAGAUUGGGGACAUAGCUGGUGCAUUGGAAGAGUCUAAUGAUGAACAUGAGAAUAAUCUGCAGCUGGGUUUUUCUGUACCACAUGAUGCUUCUGUUCGCGAGUUUGUGGAGGCUGUUCGAGCAUAUCGCAUAAUAUUUCCUGACUCGGAAUCUCAACUGAUUAAACUUUCUGAGGACUUGAUUACCAAGCAUUUUCUAACAACUGAGCAAUACAUGAAGGAGAGAGUUUCAACUGCAACUUUUCUACGUGUUCUACGAAUUAUAUGGAAUGAUGUCCUUGUGAUUGAUGAAGUAUUGCCUGAGGGUUUGCUCCAUGAUUACUGUUUUAAGGUAUCCCAGAGUGCUGUCAAACAGUAUUUUUCAAGCACGUUUUCUCAUCUUCUCCAGGAUGUUUCAGAUGCUCUGAUGAAUGUUCAUGUCAAACCAAAGGAUGUGUCAGAAGAACAUCAUUUACAGGUUGCUUUGGAAUCUGGGAAAAACUCAUUGCUCAAAGGAAGCAUGGACCUUUUACUGGGCCUCCGCCAACUUUUGGAGGACAACUUGGACCUGCUAGUCAAGCUAAGGGAACUGAUGACUGAUUGGGUUCAAGCAGGGUUCCAACAAUUCUUUGAGGCAUUGGAUACUCGGUUUCUUUUGCUUUCAGGGAGAAAUAAGUUAAGUUCGCAGGGUCAGAGUCCAAGGGAAGGGUUACAGUCUGAAAAAGUUAUAUGUGGUCUUGUCUUGGUUUUGGCUCAGCUUUCUGUUUUCGUCGAACAAACUGCAAUCCCCAGAAUUACCGAGGAAAUGGCUGCUUCUUUCUCUGGUAGUGGUGCUCGGGGGUAUGAACAUGGACCUUUCUUUCUUCCUGCUGAAAUAUGUCGAGUUUUUCGAUCAGCCAGCGAGAAGUUUCUGCACCAUGUAUGAGUUUAAACUUUAUCUAACCUUCACUCAUUAGCUGGCAUGCUUACUUCAUAACUGGCAUAUUCAAUAUGGUUAUUUGCUUGAGCAUGCUUGUUUCAUGUGGCCAUGGAAAGCAUUUUGCUACUUGUGAAAACCCCUCAGCCUAUCAUUUUUCAUUGCUAGGCGUUGUUUAGUUCCAUCUUCCUUUAAGCUGUUUGUGGAAUUAAAACUGUUUCAACUUGCUAUUAUUAUACUUGACAUGAUUGGCGACUCUUAAAAUUGAAAAUUUUCACUCUGAUAAUGUUCUCUUUGAGGCCAUCUCUGUUUUCUUUUGGGUACAUGUAUUGCACUUGUGCUGGCCAAUUUACUGGGAAUAUUCGACUCUGUCAGUAUAUAAAUAUGAGAGCGUAUAGAAUAUCAGUGCUUUUGAGGAAAAGGUUCACAACUCCAAAUUGGGUCAAGCACAAGGAGCCAAGAGAAGUUCACAUGUUCGUUGAUCUAUUCCUCCAAGAGUUGGAAGCAGUAGGGAAUGAGGUUAAGCAGAUUCUUUCUCAAGGAAUAAGGAAGCAUCGUCGAUCUGAGAGCAAUGGAAGUACUACUUCCUCUCUAAGCAAUCCAUUGCGAGAUGAUAAACUUCGGCGGUCAAAUACACAACAAGCCAGGAGCCAACUUCUGGAAACCCACCUAGCAAAGUUGUUUAAGCAGAAAGUUGAAAUCUUUACCAAAGUCGAGUUCACACGGGAGUCGGUUGUGACUACCAUUAUCAAACUCGGUCUCAAGAGCUUGCAAGAAUUCGUUCGCCUCCAGACUCUAAACCGGAGUGGGUUCCAGCAAAUUCAGUUGGACAUCCAGUUCCUUAGGACCCCGCUGAAGGAGCUAGCUGAAGAUGAAGCUGCCAUUGACUUCUUGCUUGAUGAGGUAAUCGUUGGUGCUUCUGAUCGUUGCCUCGACCCAACCCCAUUGGAGCCACCGAUCUUGGACAAACUGAUACAAGCAAAGACAGCUGAAACCAGAGAACAAAAUUCCAGUGCAGCUUCAUCAACAACCCAACAACGAUUGUAAUCAUUCAGAACGUACAGCAAUACACUAUUCCUUUUUUGGGUCACUUUAGCCAGAAAGUUUCCCUCUUAAAUCUUUUCAACCUUGUAGGAAAGUUUACUGUUUUUGAGGAUAGUUGUAUGGUCGUCAAGAGCCAAGGCUGCAAUAACAUGUAACCCUAAGAAAUCCGCCGAAAUAAGUGUUUAAUGAACCUAAUCAUCGUUGAAAAAUAGUAUUAGGCCGAAUAUGUAAUCUGUAGGCUUCAAAUCCAAAGAAAAUGGUCUUUCAAAAAAAGCUCA